GAAAAAUCUCAAACAACAUAGGAUGGAUAGGAUAGAACUGAAGCAAGAGCAAACGAAGGAGACACAGGAUAAGAAAACGAAAAUGGCGGUUCUGUGAACUCAACCCAGCAACACUGAACUGAAGCUUCUCAAGCUCUCUCUCUCUCUCACACUCUCUCAUUGUGGUGUGAAGAAAGUAAUAAUGGCGGCUGCACUAUCGAGCUGCUGCACUUCUUUAUUCUCUGUUAGAUUGCGCUACUCACACACAUUCAGACCCAUCACUUCCCUCCGCGCCACACUCUCUUCUAACCCCAAAUCCAGCUCCAAUCGACAAAAGGAAGGUGGUGUUCAUGGUGUAGUAGUAUCUGGGCAGAGGAAGAAGCAAUCAAAUUCAAAAGAUGAUAGAGACAAGAAGGUGGGACCCCAACCAGCUUCUUCGAAAUCCCUUGGCGUUUCUAGGAAAGAUAAGGACGUUGUCGUUGAAUCCAAGGAUAAGCAGGUUGAACCAAAUAAUUUACAAGAUUCGGCAUUUCUUAAUGCUGUUGUCAAGGUUUACUGCACCCAUACUGCCCCAGAUUAUUCACUUCCCUGGCAAAAGCAGAGACAAUACACAAGUACAGGAAGUGCAUUUAUGAUUGGAGAUAGGAAACUAUUAACCAAUGCACACUGUGUGGAACAUCAUACCCAGGUUAAAGUCAAGAGAAGAGGAGAUGAUUCAAAAUAUGUGGCUAAGGUUUUAGCUAGAGGUAUCAAUUGUGAUAUAGCUUUGCUUUCGGUAGAAAAUGACGAGUUUUGGAGAGAUGUGGAGCCUCUCAGAUUUGGAAGUUUGCCGCACCUUCAGGAAUCUGUAACUGUUGUUGGAUAUCCUCUUGGAGGAGACACAAUUUCAGUCACAAAGGGAGUUGUAUCUCGUAUAGAGGUUACAUCAUAUGCCCAUGGAUCGUCUGAUUUGUUGGGCAUUCAAAUUGAUGCAGCAAUAAAUCCCGGUAAUAGUGGAGGUCCAGCGUUCAAUGACCAGGGAGAGUGCAUUGGAGUGGCAUUUCAGGUCUACAGAUCUGAAGAGGCUGAGAAUAUUGGAUAUGUGAUUCCAACAACAGUUGUAUCUCAUUUUCUGACUGACUAUGAAAAGAAUGGCAAGUAUACUGGUUUCCCUUGCCUUGGUGUACUUAUACAGAAGCUGGAGAAUCCUGCACUACGUGCAAGUUUGAAAGUACAUUCGAAUGAGGGUGUGUUGGUACGUAGAGUUGAACCAACUUCUGAUGCCAAUAAUGUAUUAAAGGAGGGUGAUGUUAUUGUCAGCUUUGAUGAUGUACGUGUAGGUGCUGAAGGAACAGUCCCAUUCCGAUCAAACGAGCGAAUCGCCUUCCACUUCCUCAUUAGUCAAAAAUUUGCAGGUGAUGUUGCAGAGCUUGGUAUCAUCAGAGCUGGGACAUUAAUGAAAGCUAAAACUGUUUUAAAUCCACGAGUUCAUUUGGUUCCCUAUCAUAUUGAAGGUCAGCCUUCCUACCUAAUUAUUGCCGGUUUAGUGUUCACACCCCUCUCAGAGCCAUUGAUUGAGGAGGAAAGUGAAGACCAUAUGGGGCUAAAAUUAUUGGCAAAGGCACGUUAUUCGUUGGCAAGGUUUAAAGGGGAACAAAUUGUAAUUCUUUCACAGGUCUUGGCAAAUGAACUCAACAUAGGUUAUGAAGAUAUGAGCAAUCAGCAGGUUGUAAAAUUCAACGGAACUCGAAUAAAAAACAUUCAUCACCUUGCACACCUCAUUGAUUCGUGCAAGGGAAGGUAUCUAUGUUUUGAAUUUGAAGAUAGCUAUGUUGCUGUUUUGGAGAGGGAAGCUGUUGCUGCUGCUUCAUCCUCCAUACUAACAGAUUAUGGUAUCCCCUCAGAAAGAUCUUCUGAUCUCUUGAAACCAUAUGUGGAUUCACUAGAAUCUGGCCAACCAUCGGACCAGGAAUUUGGUGAUACCCCGGUUUCAAAUUAUGAAAUCGGCUCUGAAGGAUUGCUCUGGGCAUAAAGUCACAAUUUUGAACCAUAUGGUCACAAUUUUGGGAGGGAAAAAGUGUCAACAACAGUGUCAGGUGAUCUAGAUUGGAACAAUGAAUGGUUUAUGGCACCCAGGGGGCAUGCUAGAGGCAUGUUUUCUUCCUCACUCCCUCCUUGUGUUAUUCUCCUUGUGUUAUUAAAUUGUUUUAGAGAAGAGAUAGGACUAUAGGAAAUAGAUCUGAUCAUUUUUUAGAUGUAAUUUUUAUUCUUCAUUGUCGGCCCUUGAUAUGAUAAACCUGAAAGAUCUCUUCUUCAGGUUUGAUCUCUCAAAUUUAAUGUGCAUUCUGUAUAUUUUGGGAAUAAUGCACAUAGGAGUUAGUGAGGCUUAAUAAGUCUUGGAUGCAAUUAUGCAGAAGUUUAUCGCACAUUUCAUGGAACUAUUAAUGCCGAGUUUCAAUGGACCUCACAUCAUUCAUUUCAUGGAGA